AUGGAACAGAAUAACGAGAACGACCGCCCGCCGAAUGGCACACGAACCUCAUUUUCAAUGGACAACGAAGAAGCUUUCACAGCAACCCCUCUCACUCAGGUGGAAGCUUCCCCUCAAAAGGUGGCAGAUAACCCUACCUUCAUGCAAAAUCAAAUCGCCAUCCAGCGAAACCCUUCAACUGCUAGAGAGCACGCGUCCGCUUUGACGCGACAGCUUUCGACGAAGUCGAGUAAUCACGACGUCACCGCUAUAUCCGGCUUCACCAAACGACUCUCUGAAACAAGUAACCAACAUAAGCUGGAGGAAGAGCGUGGCGUGCAAUCAGAGGAAUCGGAGGAGUCUUAUACGAACGCUUUAAAUGGCACGACAAGUCAAUGCCUUCUCACAAAAUCACCAUCAGAACGCUCGACAAGGUCCGUUAGGAGCGUACAUGCUGUUGGAAGUUAUCCAUUAGGGAGUUUGCGAGUCCACUUACCAUCUCCAACUCGAUCUGUUGGUGGGGGCAGACCAGAUGAGCGCCUGAAGUCGGGCGACGUGUUGAUAGUUCGCGAUGUUCCUAGUGGUUCUUUAUUCGGCUAUGACACGGUCGGCUUCAACGUCAAGUCUGAUAAUGGGUCGAAGUUCAAUGGUUUAAGAGAUAUUCCACCAGGAAUACAUUUCAUCUGGGGAGGUUCGAGCAAUACCUCGAUGCGCAAUGGUUUCUGGAUUGUCUCUGCCAAGCGAGCUUCGGAUGAAUAUGGCGAAAUUCAUGUGAGGAGGUGGGACAAGGAGAAUGAAGUUCUCGCUGAAGAGGUCAGCCAGGCUGAGGUUCGAAUUCAGAGAGAAAGUCUUCCAGAAAUCUUUGACAAGCUGCACCCGUACAUGCUCCCUCACGCAGACCCAAAUACAAGUCUUAUCACUUCUACCGCUACUGUGUCGACAUCCCCUUCAACUCCAACCUCGCCCACGCACGGAAGGGACCCAAAUCUGUGGCAUCGCUUAAGCUCAUGUAUUAAAGGGGCGCUCAUCACUAGAAUUACGGGUAAGAAGGAGUGGAACGAAUGGCAAGUCAGUUCGGUCCAUGACCGUCAGGAUAGUACCCCCAUCAGCCAUGAUGCGAAAAUUGGCGACCUCUACGGCGACAAUGUUCUUACCUUCAUAUUUCCAAGUCUCCAAAGAACAUUUACAGAUGAGUCGAUCGGACGGGAACGUACUGAACAGGCACUCGAUUCGACUUCUUACAUCUUGAACGUUAUCUCCAAUAACACGUCUCAUGACGACGCGGAUGAGAUUGUUGGCGAGGUACAGUUUUGCUACGUGACGGGAAUGCUCUUGGGGAAUAUUGCUUGUAUGGAGCAGUGGGCUCACAUUGUUAAGACAAUGUUCCGUGCAUUUGAUCUUGUCUUACAAAUGCCGGAUUUUGUUCGAAAGUUCAUAGAGGCUGUUCAUGCUCAAUUCAGCUAUGAUGAUGAGGGCCUGGAGGGCAGCAUACUCGACCACGAUCCAAACUUGAGUGAGGAUUUGAAGCUCGUUCUUACUACAUUCAAGGCACGUCUUAAUGAAAUGCUCCUGGAAAGAGGUUCUAGUAUCACAAAAGAGCAGACCGCUGUAGGAACAGCGUUUGGGGACUUGGAGACGUUACUUUGGAAAUGGGAAUGGGAUCUCCGUGCCGACUACGUACGCUCUGGAAAGUACCAAACCGAGGAUGGCCAGUGGAUUGAUGCCGAGCUUAAGGAGUUCCAAGCCGAGGACGAACGAGGUGAGUACGCGCCAGCCAUGGUCGAGCUGGAUGAGUACGGUCGAGAGAAAGGUCUCCUUUGUUUUUGA